CUCCCUCGCUGCCACCUCCCACGCGCUGCUCCACCGCUUCCUCCUCCGCACGGCGCCCUCCCCUGCCAAGCCUUCCACCCAUCUCUGUUAAGAUCCCCCGCUGCUGCCCACCUUCCCGGCUUCCCCACGCCAUUCUCUCCCGCCGACUGGUCCCAACGCCGCCCUCUCCCGUCAAACCGGCAUUGGAAAAGUAACAGGUUCAGGAAAAGUGAUGGGAAAUUUCACCGGAAUAAGCGUCGGCAUAGUCGUUGGAACUCAAACGAUCGACGAAACAUAGAAAAUUUGCAGAAGCUUCCAAGCUCUCGACACCAUAACUUUCGCCUAUUCCUGCUCCUUAAUUCUUCAUCGAGAUUCAGGGAUACCGGCAGCAGGAGCUUCUGGGAUAGUUCUGGUUGUUGGCAUCACAUUUGCUGCAUUUUCUAUUAGUGGAAAGAGUACUUUAAGUGGGAGUAUGUGGCAGAAGACCGUGAAGCUAACAAGGAUGUGUCCGAACUUGAUCCCAGCCAUGUGACCGAGCUAAGAUGCUAGGCCUCUAUUGAGGCUGUGGCGAAUCCUGAAUGGUUGGUUCAGAGUUUAGUGAGUUCUCUGGAAAAGAAAGUAGAUGAAGGAGAGAAGAAGUAUGAAGAGUCGAACAAGCUAGCUAUGGAGGCAGAGACAGAGAUAAUUAAGCUGAAGACCGAAAUGCAGAGGCUUGAAGAGAAAAUUUCUGACAUGGAGACAGCAGAUCAGGUUCUCCGUCGACAGGCUUUAAUGAAUAAUCCUUCAGGGAAACUAUCUGGGCAGUUACCUUCAACUACUCAUGAAGGGGAGAAUGGUCAUCAAGAACUUUUGAGUGCAGCACCAAGUAAAAGAUUUGGUACUGAAUCAGAUAGCGCAUUGAGGAAAUCUACCAUUGAAAGGCAACGUGGAAAAGCUUAACUCCAUGAAUUUGAUGCUUUAUAUGGCACCGAUUGCUGUUGUAGUUUGGCUGUGUUUGUAAUGGAACCUGAUAUAUUUAACUUAGUUGUCGCACUUGGAAAGGAACAUAAAUUCAUGUGGAUUCUUCUUUUCGUUAAUUCAACAGUGGAUUAUGAAGCGAACUUGUGCAAUUUCCUAGUGACUAAGCAUACAAGUGCUCUAACACUCCAGGUUCGUCUCCCUCGACCAAAUUGUGUGUAGGGUAGAUAGUAUGUAAUAUGUUUAUCUCAGGGGCAUUUACUUUUUAGUAUUAAGAAUAUAGUAUAUGAUUGUGUAUUUGAAAGAUAAUACGAGUGAUGUGAUAACAUUAGACCAGUUUAAUAAAAAUUGCCAACUUAUAUGGAACUCACAUCACUGUCAUAUUUGCUUAUUCCUACUGAGUUCUUGCAUCAAUUUUGGGUACUUUUAGUGUUUAGUAAUAUUUCCUAAAAAAUGUGAAAUGGAGAAGUUUUUAGUGCUUAGUAACUUGAUAGGUUUUGUCCAUUUUACCAAUCACUUUGAUAUGCUUUUUAAGUGUUUAUCAUGAUGCUCUAUAUUGUGAUUCUUGGUUGGCUCUUUGUAUGAUUUUGUGGCAGGUUUGUGGUGGAUUAAAUGAGUUGUACGUUGAGCUGAAGAGACUUGUGAAUUCACAAGAAAAGUUGUACCAUAUGGCUAGCUAGUUGCAUAUUUAAUAUGUUUAGUAUUUUUGUAAGGCAUAAUAGUAUAGAUAGAACAGUUGUUGAAUUUUGACUAUAUUCAAAUCUUGUAUGAAUUCUUUUUUAUGAUAAUAAUAUAAAAUUAAAUAUUUUGGAUGAU